AUGAAUACCCGCCCGAAUAUCGAGUCGCCCAACACAACCCAGGUCCUCUCCGUGUCCUUUAAUAAUGACUCGAGUUGUUUCGCUGUUGGUUUGAAUACGGGCAUAUGUGUUUUCCAAUCCAAGACAUGUCUCCUCAAGUCCACGAGAGACUUUAACGCAGGUGUUGGCCUGGUGCAGAUGAUGGGCACAACCAACUACCUUGCGCUUGUCGGAGGCGGCAAGUUUCCCAAGUUCGCAAGCAACAAGGCGAUCAUCUGGGACGAUCUGGGUGGCAAGGUCGCGAUAGAGAUAUCCACCCUCGCUACCGUCCGAGGUGUCCAGCUGUCGCGAAGCAGAAUCGCCAUCGCGCUCCAGAACAGCAUUCGUCUCUAUAGUUUCGAGAAACCUCCUAACCUCAUCUCCGUCUAUGAAACGGCGGACAACCUACUAGGUCUGUGCUGUCUGACGGACAAGUUUCUGGCAUUUCCAGGCCAAACUCCAGGACAGAUUCAGGUCGUGAAUGUGAUUACUGGUAAUAUCAGCAUCAUCCCAACGCACUCUUCGGCUUUGAGGGCCAUUCAAAUCAGUCCAGAUGGAGAGCUGCUCGCGACUGCCAGCGAAACAGGAACUAUCGUCCGAGUGUUUACAACAAGUAGCUUUGCCAAAGUCGCUGAACUCCGCCGGGGCAUCGAUCCCGCUACCAUUUUCUCUCUCGCCUUCAAUCCCUCUGGAACCCUUCUCGCCUGCACUUCAGACAAGUCCACUCUUCACAUAUUCGACGUCCCCCAUCCCAAGAAACCGCCGAAGAAGCCCGCAAAUCCAGUCCCUGCACCGAGCACCGUGCUGCCUGGAGCCGGCGACGGCGACGGCAGAGGAAAAUGGGGCAUCCUCGGGAAGAUCCCCCUCAUGCCCAGGCUCUUUUCGGACGUGUACUCGUUUGCGUCUGCGCCCUUCGCCGCGGGAGACGAGACUCUUAUCGGAGGACUGCCGCUCUCGGAGAAUACGACGCCCGGCACCGCGCGACCUGCCAAGGGUAUCAUCGGAUGGAUUACCGAGGAGAGUCUAGUUGUCGUUGGUGCGGGCAGAGACGCACGGUGGGAGAAGUUCGUGAUCGUAGUGGGUGAGGAUGGGAGGAGGUACUGUGUGCGUGAGGGAUGGAAGAAGUAUCUAGGAAACGGCUAG